CAACACCGUUGACUAUAUUGCAUCCUGCAGAUUGCGUGGAAAAAUCGCAUAUGCCCCGCGCCUCCAUCAAGCUUCGACAUGCGAUUUCAAAACCAUGCCAGCGCCAAUUUUUUUUACCCAUGAAUGGACUUGCGUAGGAAACGAUCAACGCUGACCUCAGCUACUACGUAGCCACUAUAAAGUUAUUCUGGAAUGACUCCUGGUAGUCUGUCUGGUUCGGUUGAGCUUCUCUACACGUAUCUGGGAAGUGAACACACGGCUGGUCCUCUCGUUCACUAGUCACUCGGCGUCAAGAUACCCAUCGCCAUUGCUCGAGCAUUGGCCAUGCCGCUCUUUGUUACCUUAGACGUGGUGCUGGCAUUUGCGUUGCUUUUCCUUGCAAUGACCAUUAUCCCUGCCGCUACGGUUAAAUCGAUUCAUCGGACUAAAACCUGGUUCAGCUUGCUCAUCUCUUGCGUGGUCUUUUGCUUGUCAUUCUUUCUUCUCCUUGGCCAUCAGUCGGGUCCUAAGCCACCUCUGUGGUUGUGCUUGAUCAGUGCUAGCCUCGUGUACGCAGGCUCUCCCUUGAUUGCCGCCGCCGGAUUGAUCUUGAUUGUGGAGUUAUACUUACGCCUGACUUCGACGACGUCCGACAUCAACGAGAGUCGAGUGACUACGAUGCUCUGGUGUCUACCUGUGGUCCAUGCAGUCGUAUUUUGGGUGGCUAUGUUGUCUGGACUGUCGGACGUGCGUAAGGUUGAGCGAGGUCCAACAGGAUUUUACUGCCAUGUGGAUCAUCCUGCACCGUCAGACCUUCUAUGCUAUCCAGAUUAUAGUAAUACCAUUCCAACGUUGUUUGCAAAUACCUUGUCUCGGCGGGCUUCAUUUUUUUUGUGUCGUACCCAUACUACUGUUCAUUUCUAGUUCCUUUAUCUAUUGCCAUUCUUUUUGGUUCCCAAGCGGUAGGCUUCUCGUGAGUGAUGUCCCUCCUUCUUACUUUUUCAUAGGACAUACUCCGAGUGUAUAUGUUUUGGAGACCAGCACCCCCACCCGUCCCACCUAAAGACUGGCGUCACUGGCCACAAAGUUCGGGCAUUGUCACAGUAGAGGAGAAUUCUCUAGAUUCGGUUUGAAUGUAUGUCAUAUAUAUUAGAGGACAGAAUACCCUGUAUGCAUACAUAGGUUUUACGGUGCUUCGACCCUAUCUAACUGGG